GUAGCCUUAUAGAGAAACAAAGUGAAAGUAGAUUUCGAUAGUAAAACGUUUACAAAAAGCAGUUCAAAUUAAUCGCCUGGUGCAUAAUCAGGAUGAAUAUUUUGCACCACAAAAGUUGGCAUGUCCGAACUAAGAAGAAUAUAGAGAGAGUGAGAAAAGAUGAAGAAAAAGCUGCAGAAGCGGAAAAAGAAAAAGAACGAAAAAUAGCACUAGCUGAACAAGAGGCUAGAACUGAUAUAUUACGUAGUCGAGCUAAAGAUAAAAUACAAUUUACUACUGAUGGUGAAACAAAUCAAAUUACAAGUGGUUCAUCUUCACAGAUCGUUCCUAGUGAAAUAGAAAAAUCAGGCAAUAUAAAUUUCUUCAAGGAAAUAGAAGAUGGGUUACGUAAACAAGGUAUCAAUGAAGAACAUGCUAAAGAAAAGAAAGCCGAAAAAGAAAAAUGGGAGAAGAGUAUUGGUUUAUUGACCUACUUAGGAAAAAGUAACAUCGAAGAACAGAAUGAGACACCAUGGUAUAUAACAGGUAAAAGUAGAAAGAGAAAACAUGAAGAAGAUGAUGAGGAUGAAGAAAGAAGUAAAUAUAAUAAAGUUACACAAUUUGACAAAGAAGACAGAAAGAAAGCUGAUUUAGAUCCAUUGAAUCAGAUGAAAGAAUAUAUUGAUAAAAAGAAAAAGAAGAAAAAACACAAAGAUCAUAAAGAGAAGAAAAAUAAACACGGUAAACAAAAACAUACAGAAAGUAAACAAGAUAAACAUCUACCUAGACCCAGCACAAGUAAAACUAUAGAACAGCUGAGAGCUGAAAGGUUAAAACGUGAAAAUAAAGAGAAAUACAGAACCAGUGAAUUGUUUUCAAAGUUAACGGGAGAUAACUCCAAAAAAUCAGAUUCUGAAGACGAAGAUGACAUUUCACGUGAAAGAUCGCGCAAAUAUAACUCCCAAUAUAACCCAGAAUUAUCUAGAAAAUAUAAAAAGCGUUCGUAUGAUGAUUUCAGCUGAUAAUACUGUUUUAAUGAAUUUUAAGGUUUUACUUUUUAAGAAUAUCUGAUGGAUCUGAUAUUGAAUUGAUUUAUUGCUUCCAAUUUAAAGUAGCUAAGUCUCUAACUCAAUAUCACCCAAAAUCUUCAACAUUGAAAACAUGAAUAUUUGUCAGUUUAAAUCAAUACUGAUGUUGUGAUCUUACCGGGAAAAGGUGCCCUUCUGAUAUCCAAUAUUUAAGACAAAAUAAACAUUUUACAAUUGGUACACGAAUCAUGUACCAUAAUGCGUUUCAGCGCUAUGUGUAAUAAGGGACUCGGAAAACGAGGCUAGGCAUAUUCCACAAGUCAUGUCAAACGGUGACGCUAUAUUCUUAUCUUGAGAGCAUGCCCAAUAAAUACUAUUGGCGUAGACUGGAAUAACCAGAAGCUAGAGAUUGAAAUUCGAUUGAGAAUACUGGCAUAUGUCGCUGAACCUAACUGAUUAGAAAUUUCAGUAAAAACAGAAACGAUUGAAUGUAAAUCAAUUUAUAUACAUUCAUAUUACAUUAUUGCAUGUGUUGCGACCCAUUUGUGUCAAUUUCUAGGUCCCAAAUAUUAGCGACUUAGCUCCUUUAAAUAUUGGAAUGUAUAUUAUGUGGUCUAGUUGACUUGAGGAAUUGAUAUUUAUUAACUUUUUGUUCAUAAUAAACUGACAGUAUAGAAUGUAAUUGUAAAUAAAAAAAUUUAAUACUU